CAGCAUCCAUAUGAAGCCCCAUCCCCUGCACACCACAAAUCACCUCAGAGACCUUACUCCCCAAGAAGCACAGCAGCUCACCGCUUUUAUCGACAAAAGAAAGUGGUUUGAGCACAGACUAGACUCCCUCGAGCACAUCCCUCCUGUCUAUCCCUUUAUUCACCCAGUGCUGGAACAAAUACCGGAAAAUGCCAACCAAUGUGACUUGCAAUUUAUGCGUAGCGGCGAAGCAGAUUCUCAAUGGCAGCUGCCCGAUCAAGACCAAGUGAAGGCUUGGAAACGCGAAAGAGACGAGAUUGAGGAACAAGUGCUAGAGUUUGACGGUGGAGAUCUGAAGAGAAUGAAGAAGAUGACUCGAGCGGCUACAUUACUUCCCCUGACACCGCCAUCGACACACCUCGUGUCCAUCACUCUAGACCUUAUCGUCUUGAUAGACCGUAUCUUAUCUUUAUUACGGCGGCGCGGCCAGAUCCUCGAUUUGGUGAUGCUUCGACUUCAAUGGGAUCAGGUUCGGUGGCAGGUGAUGAGUGAAUCAAAAGGGCUACUAAAUGAAGUGGACUCUGUGGUCCGAGACAAGGCUAGAUGGUCUCCUGCAGAAGUCGACGUGACGUCUCGUGGCUCGCCACGGUAUUUUCCACGAUCACCAAGCUGUCGUGGAAGCGUCACACCUGUGACGCCCAAAUCUAGUACGCCACGUACCGACACACUUGCAUCCGACCUUGCAUCUGCCCAUCUCGGGAGUUCUCCCCAACACAAACAAGCAUCCGAAAGCGCCGUACAAACAGCAUCCCCUGCCAGGCAUCUCAGUACACCCGAUAGGUCUCUGCAUAUCCCCCUCCUUCAUUCACAACUUGUCAACUUGCGGAUACGUCACAAGAAUAUUACCUCUACCCAUCUGGCUCGUAGCGGAGCGAUCCUUGAUCGCAUGAUAGACGUCGCAUCGCACCUACAAAAUUUAGGUGAUGUGAAUGGCCCUUGCACAAAAAAUGAGUCUCUGGAGGGAGGUGCUGUGCCCUAUCAGCUUUUGGAUCUGCAGGAUGAACUUGAUGCUUCGGUAGAAGAGUUAGGCAGAAGGGUGGCGUGGUGUGGAGAGCUUGAAGAACAUUGGAAAUUGUCCGAAGCCCAUUACUCUUCCUCUUUUCAAGCUCAUCAACUCGGCUUGGAACUGCUUGACAACUUGCACCAGGCCCUAUCGAAACCAGCCACCAGCAAACGACACCAACAACUCUCCGAAUUACUUGGAAAAGCUCAAUCAUGUCUCCCAACCCCAAUCACAGACUCAUUUUCUCGACCAUUUUACCCUGCUUACCCCGAAAACGAUGAAUAUAACCAACACGCCAAGGGCGCUUUGAUCAAAGCUCAUACGAAUGCUUCUGAUAUUAUCAAAAAGGGGAAAGAAGGGGUGGACUGGUAUUCGCGUCUAUUGAGCGCCCGAGAAAAAGUCCUUGGCAAACACUCGGAGAUUAAGGAACUUGAAGAAAAUAUACGGCAGCUGCUAGAGUUUCUUGAAAGGGGCGAAAAUAGAAUUGAACGGCCUGAUAUGUCCAGCCGACACUGUCUGGAUGGCAACUUUGAGCACUGGAUCAACACUGUACCUUCAAAAUCAGCCAUGACGCUCCAGUACGUCGAGCAAUCAGAAUCGGUCUGCAAUCGCUCCACCCUUUUGGCAUUACAAUACCGAAACCUGCUUAAAACGCCUCCUCGAUUUAUCCGAGAACAAGCAUGGUGGCAAACGGAUUUGAUCAACUACGAUCUGGCAGAUCAGGUGGAUACAGACUUGAACCGACUGCUUGAGUUGAGGCAGCAGACGUUGGCGGCCGUGCAAGCUGCAAAAGAGGAUAUCGAGAUUCUUGAAAAGGCACAACAAGCUUUCAUAGGUGCAUCACUUGUUCGCAAUGAAGGUUUGUUCAUCCAAAGGCAGUUGGAAACGCUCAUCCAAAAAAUUGCCUAUCCGUCUUCUCAAUGCGUUGAAAGAAAUCACGGGGAGCUGAACCGCACCAUAACUCAACUUGCUCGCCGUAUCGAGCAGCAAGUCACGACUCCGUUUUCCUCUUUCAAAGGUUUAAUCAAGUGUUACCAACGUCAUUUACCAACCCUUUGUCAAUUCCUUUUGUCCGCUAUAUCAGACGUGACAAAUCUGCCUUCCCAGCUGUCUAGAUCCAUGGACCUCCUGGAACGAGUACAGAACCAAACCACCAUCGUUGAAAGUGUGGAAGCAGAAGCACAGAAGAUGAUCGUGAACGUUAUUGUCAUCCGGGAAGAAGCCGAGCAAAUGACUGGACGCGAAGAUGUCAUUGAUGUUUUGGACAGUCUGUUAGCAAAGGUCGAAGAACUGGACGAAGAGGCGAGAUCGUGGGAAUCCAAGUUAUCACAACGCAUUCCCUUCCUUGCAUCUGAAACCAACGGACUCCCGUCAUCAAACGACUUGUACACCGUACCUACCGCACCCAUGAUGUCUUCUCUGUCCCGCUCCAAAGCUCCUCAGCAAACAUCCACCGUCGGAUUGGCCAUCGAUGAUACCAACUCGGCUGCUCUUGACUUGGCGUCAGUCGACCAGUCUGUCAGGGGAGCGGUUAAUGAUCAAGUCUUGGCUGUGGGGUCUCACAUCGCACAUUGCAAGUCCGUCUGUCGGUCAGCUAUGCUUGAUGUAUGGGAGAACCGAUGUCAGGGAAGGGUUACAGCUUUAGAAAAGGGUAUAUCCUCAUGGCUAGAUCUUUGUGAAAAGACAAGGAACAUCCUCGACGAUAUGGCCGGUCGAGUUAAUGUCCAGACUCCCUCCUAUGGGCUUGCCCAGGUCGCAGUACAAGAAGUAGAAGACACUCUGGCAUCAUUGAAGAAAUACAUCACCGAGCACGAGAGGAUUUUACAAGCACAUCUGGCGGGGGUGGAGGAUAUAUUCAACGCUUUGCCGAGAUGGUGCGGGGAGGAGGAGGAAGAGAGCCAGGGUAGAUGUCAGAGGUGGGAAAUAUCAAAAAGGAUAUCCAAAGAUGUCGUAGAAGAUGCGUUGGGAAAGGCUGGGGAUAUCGUAGCGGCAGGAGAGGCUCUUUUGGCCAAGAUCAAAUGCCAAACAGAGGAUAUACAUAAUCAACAGCAAGCACUUCCUGACACUCCUACACCUCUGACAAAUACUCCCGACGUCCUUGGGCCUUCUGUGAUUGCUGAUGACACAUCGUCAAGCCCCUUUGAAACUCUAAAAGAUGAUCUUGAUCUUUUGGAGCAGCUGCGCAAGCAAUUGGACGAUUUGAAGGUCGAAGAACUGGUGAACCCGAUCACAUCGAAAUCGUCAUGGACUUCCACAUCCCGACAGCUUCCUGCCCAAGCGAUGGCGGAACGUAUAGCUAAAGUUCUGGGUGAUAUAUCCGAGAGCGUACGAUUGCUUUCCAAUCCGUCUUCACAUGUUACUCUAACAGAAGCCGAAAGCCUCAAACAAUCCUUGACAUCACAGAAAGCUUUGAUGCCUCGGCUUGAACAACUGGCUCAAAUCGAUGGUGCUGUUAAAGCUUGUGAUGAUGCGCAUAGCCAGUUGCUUGACAUAAUCGACAACUACGCGGAGCAAAAAGGACCGCUACAGGACGCUGCACGAGACGCCCAACAAGCUCUUGACUAUGUUUUGGAGUGCUCCAUGCCGGUGAAUGACGACAGCAGAGUGUGCAGAGAAGUUAAGCGUCUGAGAGACACAAUGAAAGACCUAGAGAUGUUGGUGGAAGAAUGUCUAGAUCCUGAAAAGUUAAAAGAGGAGGAUGUUCAGGAUGCUAUAUCAGAUAUUUCAAGAUCAGAAAGUGCACUGUCCUUCGCCUCGACAGUUCAGCCUUUUAACCCGAACGCAUCAGUCUCAAAACUUCCCCGACUCUCCAGCUCCUUGUUCAAACCCUCACCUCGCUCAACGUCCAAUCCGCAACGUACGCCUCUCCGCUCAUCUUCUGGCAUACUCGCACAUCAGGGGAAGAAUGGAUAUCGCGUAGUAUCAGAUACGCCUACCUACGUGCUAGCAAACAAGUCACAGAGUAUUGUAGAUCUCCAUCCACCCCUCUCUUUGGCCGGUCCUACCGCCACACCGUGUGCCACCCCUACGCUGCCAGGUUCCGACCCUCGCGCUCGCAAGUCAUCGAUACCUCGACGAUCAAGAAUAUCAAAUGCGUCAUCUAUAGCCUCCUCAUCGGCAGCUACACCGCAAUUUGCUAAGGCUAUACCAAAAUUGAGAAGGACCAGUCAUCUAGUACCUUCCAUCCAAUCGAAAGUGAAGAAGGAGUAUGUUCCCAAUCCCAAAAGCAAGCUCGAUGUAGCUAUAGGAAAAGUCAUCAAUAAGCUUGAUAUCGAUGUCCCAGUACGGCCGGUGAACCAGGACAUCAUAGGAAGCAUUGCCGAAUGGCAAGAUUUAUCAGGACAGUAUUGGAUUGGGUCCGAAGGGAAGGCAAAGUUAUGCUUUUGUAGAAUUCUGAGGUCGAGGACCGUAAUGGUCCGAGUCGGAGGGGGUUGGGUUGAAUUAUCAAAGUACUUGCUGGACCAUUUCACCGAAAUGAUGGGUAGUUUCCCUCGGCAAACAACUGCUGUGCCAAGUCUGCGUCGCUCCUACUCAUCAACCAUUUCCCUUUUCAAUAUGAAUUCGCCAGUCCCAAUAACCUCAGCUUCACUCAUAUCCCGCUCUGCCCUGUCGUCGCUUCCUAUGGAUGAAUCGAUGGAUCCAAAAUCGGCGAUGCACAUCUCCAAAAAUAAUCAAAUGACUCCCUUGCGUCGAGCUGUUCCCCUUGCACAGACGCCAGAACAAUUUCUGUCCCCACAAAAAGCUCAAGGUAGUUUAGAACCUGUUCCCUCUACUCCUCGGACUCCCAACUCCACAGGGCGAAAUGCGAGCUUCUCAAGCACAUCACCCCACUCACCCUCUGUGACUCUCCCGUCAGGUGUUGGAAGCCCAUUUCUGGCCUUCCAAUUCAUGCGUAAAGCAGCCGAUAGCCCCAAUGCGCGAGAGAAAGAAAAAGAAAUGUUUGGCGCGAAGCGAUCAAGCCCUAUUAAGGAAAAAUCCAAAAGAAACCUAAUGGUGUAAUGGUCGGACAACUCAAGCAACAAUUUUAGGAGAGAAAAAAGAUCUUCAUAGAGCAUUUUUUCGUAUUCUUGUCACGUCAAUCUGUCUCAUUAUGAACAUAAGGAUCUUGAUACACCUUACAAAGUAAGGCCAAAAACAAGUAUUGUAUACUACAUUACAUUCAUGCUUGCCUGCUUAGGCAUUGAACUAUGCAAAGCUAAAAACUUGCGACGAUUCUGUACAACAAACAAACUGAAGACAAUACAGCAAAUCACGCAAGUAGCAGUAGGCUUGCCUCUCAUGCACAUAUCAAAAUCCAAUACCCCCAAUUUGCGAGCUUAAGCUCGUAUCAAUGAUUUCUGAUUGGUUUUCGGGACUCUCAUCCACAAUGUUGUACUUUCUUUUCUUCGCUUUCCCAGCCUUCUUCUCUUUGAGAGCCGCAAUGCUAUCUCUCAACCUCCUAUUUGUCAUCUUCAUCUGAUGAAGCUCAUACUGCCACGAAGAGUCUCUCCCAGUCUCCAGCUCUUCAAAAAUAUUGUCGUUGGGUAGAUGGACGAGGGGGCGGGCUUGAGUGAGUGAAGCGAUUGAGGGGGGCUGGACGGAGCGUUGAUGCGAAGGGGAGGAUGACAGCAAUUUGACCUGGACGAAAAUAUCGGUAAUCUUGACCGGGUAGGUCGAAGCUCCGUUUGGUGUGCCAAUAAAAUUGACUGAAG